AUGGACCCCACGAAGGCUCCCGACGGUUCGUAUCUACCGGCCGGAAGCAAUCAGGUUUCAGCUUUGGACCUAGACCUACCAGCCGAUCAAUCCCUUGACGAUCUGCGUGUACCCAUCCUCUUGGCGAACGAAGAGUCAAACGAGCCUGACGCGGCUCACAUGGAUCAUCCACAUGAAGGCAUUGAUAAUAAUCAAAGCUUCACUACUACUUCCAACGAAUACCAGCUUUCCCAGGGCCAAGAGAGCAAUCAAGCCAGCGAGCAAGGUCAGUUCAUGCUCGGAGGAUGUGUCGGCUCGUUGAUCAAUGCAUAUAAUACAGCAUGUUCUCCUGGUUCAUCUCUGCUCGAUGGCAAUGGACGUACCAUCGCCCAGAGCACACAGUGGACACGUCCUCCUCCUCCUAUCAAUCCGGUGAUCACCAACCCAUACGGCGCCCCUCAGAAUGCUUCCCAGUACCGACAGAUGCAGUCUGGCAUUGCUAUGCUCACUGUUCCAUACCAGCCUCAGACAAAAGAAUACUAUGAGGGAAGUCCUAUCGACCAACGAGGACUCGUUCGUCCUCAUCAAGCUCUACAGCCAGGCCAUCUACAAGCCCUCCCAGUUGCGCCUCAGGUCGAGCAAGUAUCUCAUGGACCAUCCACUACCACUACUGGUAUGAUUCCUCACCCUGCAAAGAAAGCUGGAGACAAACGCAAGCGCUCCAACGCCGAUGAAGGCACAGGUCCCGUGGCUGAAGAGAAAGCCGGAUGCAAGAAAGGCCAGCCUAGACUCUCUAAGAACCUAGAGUUGCUCAGAAAUGCCUACGCGACUCCAUACCGCCCUGAGCUGCUUGACGUCAAAGGCAAGCUCAUGUCAGAAACUGAAUUGGUGAAGAAAUAUAAGGAGCUGGGUAAGAAGGAGCAUAAGGCAAUCAGUGGCGCCAUCUAUGACUCUAUUUGGAAAGCCUACAAGCACAAAGUUCCCAACUUCCCCGUCAUCAAGGAUAAGAAGCAGAGCUGCUUCCACUACGAGGUCCUGGAACAACUGAAGCGGAGUGAUCGGUUCACUGCCGACUGGCCCACGGCCCAUGCUGUCUGGAGAGACAUGAACAACAAGGGGACAAAGCAGUAUCUUGUGAAGUUGUCCAAAUGGGUCAGCUCUCCUUUCUUCACUCACUGGACUCAGGUUGUCGAAUGCAGGACCCUUGAAGAGAGAAAGUUGCCAUUCGACAUGUUUAGCGAAGAGUUCCGUUGGAAACUCUUUGCUAUUCGUAUCCUCAUCAACAGAGGCUCUCCGGAUAUUGAUAUCGAGAACGACCUGACCCGCUUAAUCAAGGAAGCUCACAUCGGGUUUCUCCUCUCACCAGACCCAAAGCCUCAGACGGACGCUUUUUGGCAUGGUUACAAGGAAGCCUGGACCCAUGAUAAUUACAGCAUGGUGGAACAGAUGUCCGAUCCUGGGUAUCUGAAGAGUGUCAUUAGUACCCAGGAUGCUCAGAUUCAAGCUCUGCGCUCUGAAAAUGGAAGACUUCGGCAGCAGAUCAAGGAUAGUCGCUUGCAAGAUGAAGAGCUCGAUGCGGACGUCGGCACAAACAGCUGA